AUGCCCGCUGCGAUGUGCAACCCGCUGCUGCUCUCUGUGCCCUCGCUGCUCCUGAUCUGCUGCCUGCAUGGGCCGGUGAGAGCAGCGGAGGAGGGCAGGCCGCCGCCCUCCUCCUCCACGCCGGGAGACAAUGGCCUCGACGCCGCCGCUGGAGGCGCGGACACGGGCGGCCCGGAAUCGUUCCUCACCCCCCCGGCUCUGGUGGCAGAGCCCCGUUUCACCCUGAAGGUGCUCGUGAGGGAUCUGGUGACCCGUCAGCCGCUGUCGGGCGCGUCAGUGGACGUUUAUGUGAACCACACCUUGAGGAGUUCGGCCCAGACGGGGCAGAGGGGUGAGGUUCUGCUCCGGGUGGACUACAGCCCUGGCCUCGGCCUGACUCUUUUGGGUAAAAUGGAGGGCUAUGUCCCUACCCCCCUUCCCUGGAGUACCACCAAGAGACCAAUUUUCUCUGCCGUGACGCUGCUGCUGCUGCCGCACAGUCAGGGAAACAUCUGGCUGUUUGAAGAUUCUGUGCUCAUUGCUGGGAAGCUGCCUGAUAGCGCCGCCCAGCCAAAGGUCAGGUUCCCUAAAAACCUCCUGCCAAUACCUGAUAAACGCAACAUCUCGUCGGUGGCAGCCUACCUGACGGUGCCGCAGCACCACCUGGCGAAGGACUGCGCUAACUGCACCCCAGGCAUCAUCAGCAGCAAAUCUGUGUUCAAAAGCAUUGAGCUUAAGGCCGUGGCUGCCGUCAGCGUCCUGCUGUACUCUGAUGGCGAACAGCUCCAGGUUCGAGGCCCAAUCCAGAUCAGCCUGCCACUGGGGCGCAACACGUACCUGAGAGCCUCAGAUACAGUACCUGCAUGGGCCUUCAACAUGAAGACAGGUGCCUGGGAGAACCAAGGACUGGGAAUAGUUAAAAGAGUUGGUGAUGAGCUGGUUUGGACCUACACAGCUUCCCAUCUGGGCUACUGGAUUGCUGCCCCUCAUCCCUCGUCGAGAGAUUAUCUUGGACAUGCUAGCUCCAUGGAUUUCAUCUCUUACCACACCUACCUGUUAAUGGGAAUACUUGGGGGAACUCUGGCCAUAGUCGUUGGGAUUCUGUCUUUGCUUCUGUGUCACUGCGGAGGUUCCUAUCGAGAGCCCAGGAGGAGGAGAGCCCGCUUUUCCAAACUCACCGUCGUUAAGAAAGAUCAAACCACCUCCACCCACAUGGAGGAGGGUUUGCUGUUUCGAUCUGGAGAAAACAGCCUUGCCUCCUGCAGUGUCCAGUGUGAGCCGUUGUCAACACCGAGGCAUAAAGUCAAUUACAACAUCUACGUAGAGGAUCCGGGAAGUCUUACGUCGGCUCCUCUUUACGAAAACAUCACCGGGGAUCGUACGAAGGGAGCCCACCUCCCGCCUCAUUACAUCAACAGCGAAGACGUGGCUCGCAUCCGGGAGAAAGCGGAGCAGAACCGUGCCAACAUGAACGACAACUUCUUUCAAGAUAAGCUGGUUCACAUCUACAACCAGCCCGUGGCAAUUCUUCAGGCUCAGGAGCUGUUUGGUGCUCAGGAACAGCAGCUGUCCAGCUGCAAGUCCGCCACGUUCCCCCGAAACGGAGUGGAGUACGAUGCUCACUCAGAACCUCCAAAUAAAGACAAUUACACCCAGACACUACCCAAAGUGCCCCACCAUCACUCCCAAGGUGGGAGCAGCCCUCCGCAGAGCAGCCAGGAUGACCCUCAGCCUCUGGAGACUCCCCCACCAGGACAAGGCCCUAAUGCCGGGGUUUGGGGACGCUAUAGUAACCUUCUCGAAUCCUCAGUCUCUGUGCCAGGGACUCUCAACGAGGCAGCCGGUAUGGAGGGCUUCAGUAGUGGGCACGGCGUUCCUGGCGAGCUGCAGGGAAUUUCAGAGCGCACCUUGCUGGAGCUGACUCGUGGCAAGUCUUCGUCAUCGCACCCUAGGGCCUGGUUCGUCUCCUUAGACGGGAAACCUGCCGCUCAGGUUCGUCACUCCAUCAUUGAGCUCCAGAGCCGCCACCGUCCGCCAAGUAGCAACGACACCAGUCUCGACUCUGGCGUGGACAUGAACGAGCCCCAGCACAACAUCCGCGAGACUGAUCGCGAGAGGCCGUCCAUGAGGGGCUCCUCACUCCAACAUCACAGAGGGGGGCGGUACGGCGAGGAGCAGGACCUCAGCAGUAGUGAAAGUGGCACCACAGCCACCUGUACGCCAGAGGACCCGUCCCUGAGGAACAUUUUAGAUGGGAGCAGUGGGGCUAUUCCCAACAUUCCUGAGGAGCGAGAUGGGGUGGAUACAUCGAGCGCUCAGGAAGACAGCGAAUCGAGAGGCACGCCGCCUCCCCGCCGUUUAAGGAAGGUUCGGGAGAAAGUGAAGGCAGAAAAAAGAAGCACCAAACACAUACGGGAAGGCAGACCUCUGACCAAGAGAAGUUAG